AUGGUUGAACAUCUAAGAACAACGAGAAAUAGCGAUCAUUCUUUAUCUAAUGAACAAAUGGUAAUCAAUUCAAGAUUAAUAGCUCUAAAUGGAAGACUAAAAACAAUUUUCUUGAAUUAUUUACACUAUAAUUCAAAUUUGCGUUAUUAUGGAAUUUGUCUACUGAUUCGACUCUUAUCAACAAUCGUUUUUCCACAACGUGGUUAUAUUCAUCCCGAUGAACAUUUUCAAGGACCAGAAAUCGUUUACGAUGAUAUAUUUCAAGGGAAUAUGACUCGAACACAUGAGUUUAAUAGUGUCAAUCCAUUACGAAGUGUUAGUAUAUUAUAUUUAUUAUAUUGGAUUCCAAUUUCUAUUUUAUCAUUAUUAUCAUCAAUAUUUCAAUUGACAAUUCCGUUUUAUGUUAAACUUAUAGUACCACGUGUUAGUAUAUUUUUAUUAUCAUUGAUCAGUGAUUGUGUAUUAUAUCGUUUAAUUCUAUUAUGCUUUCCAUCGUUGAGUAAUAAAGAACAAUGUAGAGUGAUGUUUUACUAUAGUUCAUCCUAUAUAUCAUUAGUCUAUUUUACACGUACACUAUCGAAUUCAUUUGAAGCAUUUUUAUUUUUAUUUUUAAUUUAUUCUAUUCUCAUUAGUUCAUCAUUACUCAUUGACGAUAUUGAAAUCAUCGAGAUGGAUACUAUUAAUGAGGAAAAUGAAAAUAAUCAUGAUUCAGAUAGAAAUGUUCAUACACUAUCAACACCAACUGUUAUUCAUUCACAUCGUAAAUUUCAUCGAUCAAUGAAAGAAUUAAAAUUAAUUAAAUAUUCUCAUCAAUCAUUGGAUAUAUCAUCAGUCAUUAUCGGUAUUAUUUGUUCACUAGGUUUAUUUAAUCGUCCAACUUUUGCCGUAUUUGCCUUUGUACCAAUUAUGUAUUGGUUUAUUAAAUUAAUUCCAUAUAAAUAUUGUUUUCGUUUAUUCUUUUUGUUUACGAGUGCAUUUGUUCUAACAACAUUAACAUUAAUUACAUUUGAUACUUUUUAUUUUCAUAAAAAAAUUGAUAUUUUAAAUUUGAUCUCAUCAUUUCAAUUACCAUUACUUGUAAUUAGUCCAUUAAAUUUUUUCUUAUAUAAUAAAAAUAGUAAAAAUUUAGAAGAACAUGGUAUUCAUCCACCACAUUUACAUUUUACUGUUAAUGCUUUUAUUUUAUUUGGACCAUUACAUCUCUAUGUCGUAUGUUCAAGUAUCUAUCGUUUAACGAAUAUUAAAAAAAGACUAAAUCAACUUUUAAAUCGAAGAAAUGAACAAAUAUCAUUAUCAAUAAAUAAUCAGAAUGAGAAUAUCGUUGGUGAUAGUCAUUUGAUAUCAACAAAAUCAAAUGAAGUUAAUAAAACACAAUCUUUAACGACGACAAGAUUAUUAUCAUCAAAUAUUGCUCUGCCAACGUUAGAACGACAAAUGUCUACAUUAUUUUUUUGGUUCUAUAUUGUACCAUUUAUUCCAUUAUCACUCAUUUCUCAUCAAGAGCCAAGAUUUUUGAUUCCAUUAAUUUAUCCAUUGAUUUUAUGUUGUAUUCAUCCAUUAUAUUUAUCAUUUAAAGAUAAACGUAUUCUCUGUGGUACUUGGCUAGUAUUUAACAUUUUGACAUUCAUAUUCUAUGGUUAUAUGCAUCAAGGUGGAUUAAUACCCGCCUUGAAAUAUGUUCAUGAUUCAACAUUACCCACUAGUCCCAUAUUUCCAACAACAACAGCAUUGCAUAUUAAUGAUAAUAUUGAAGAAAAAUUUAUCAUUACCUAUCAUACGUAUAUGCCUCCAACAUAUCUCAUUUUACCAUUAACAAAAGAUCAAACAAAAAAACAAACAAAAUUAACCAUUAUUGAUUUAAAAGGAAGUGAUCGUAGUGUACUAGAUCGUACAAUUAAAACGAUAUUCAAUGAUGAUCAAUUGAAAAAUAUUAAUAUUUAUUUAAUUAUGAGUGCUACUCAACAAGAGAAAAUCUAUAAAAAACAACAACAACAACAAUAUCGUUUUCAUCUAAUUAAGCAAUGGGGACCACAUAUCAAUUUGGAUGAUGAUAUUCAAUUAUUAAAUAAAACAUUAAAAAUAAAUGAGAAAAUAAAAACGAUCAAAAAUGCUUAUCAAUGUGAUUUGUAUCAUGUUGUAAGAGAUAAAAACUUGAAAAAACUCAUAUGA